AUGCUGGAAGCGUCAGUUGGUACGGUGGCGGCAGAAGUGAUGGAGGCAGUAGUGGUAUCGGCAGUACUUUGGUACGGUGGCGGCAGUAGUGAUGGCGGCAGUAGUAACGGUAGCGGCAAUAGUGGUGUCGGCAGUACUGGUAGCGGCAGUGGUGGUAGCGGCAGUGGUGGUAGCGGCAGUGGUGAUUGUGGCAGUAGUUGGGGCGGAAGUAGUGAUGGUGGCAGUAGUGUGGGCGGCAGUAGUGGUAUCGGCAGUACUGGUAGCGGCAGUAGUGGUAUCGGCAGUACUGGUAGUGGCAGUGGUGGUAGUGGCAGUGGUAGUAGCGACAUUAGUGAUGGCGGCAGUAGAGGUGAUGGCAGUAGUUGUGGCGGCAGUAGUGAUGGCGUAAGUUAUGGUGGCGGCAGUAGUGGUAUCGGCAGUACUAGUAGUGGCAGUAGUGGUAGCGGCAGUGGUGGUAGCGGUAGUGGUGGUAGCGACAGUUGUGAUGGCGGCAGAAGUGGUGGUGGCAGUAGUUUGGGCGGCAGUAGUGGCGGCGGCAGUAGUGAACGCUGCAGUAGUGGUGAAGGCAGUAUUGGUGGCUGCAGUACUUAUUGCGGUAGAAGUGAUGGCUGCAGUAGUGGUGGUUUGAGUAGUGUUGUCGGCAGUGAUGGCGGCGGCAGUAGUGAUGGCGGCGGUAGCGGUGGCGGCAAUACUGGUGGCGGCAGUAGCAACGGGGGCGGCAGUAGUGAUGGCGGCAGUAUUAACGGUGGCGGCAGUAGUGAAAGCUGCAGUAGUGGUGAAUGCAGUAUUGAUGGCUGCACCAUUGGUUGCGGCAGUAGUGAUGGCUGCAGUAGUGGUGGUGAUAGUAGUGUUGGCGGUAGUGGUGGUGGCUGCAGUAGUGAUUGA